AUGACUGCUGAGGUUAUAAACUUCUCAGCGCUGGAGCAGGAGUUGCAGUCUGCUGUUGAAGCAGACAAGAAAUAUCAAAGAGAAAAUGAUGCAAAGUUUCGUGCUCUACACCAGAAGGUUGGAACUUAUGAGGAGUUUAGGUGAGAUAGCUAGGUUGAUUCUUUUUUAAUUUAAUAUCCUGCGCACUGUUGUUACACAAAUUAAUAGACAACAUAUGUACUGUAUGUUUUUUCAUCAUUAAAAAUAAUGUCCCAUUAGAAAUAAAAGGUUGUCUUGAAACAAUGAAGUCCAGACAGCAGACAGUUUUAUGGUUUGUUUUGACCUUCAGACCUCUCAGGGACAUAGUCCUGGCAUCCCACCUGAAACCACUGGACAGGAAGGAUAAAGCUGGAGCUCCUCGCAAACAGCUCUGGAAUGCCCUCGCCUCCACUGACAAAGGACAGAACCAGACUAGCUGUGAUGAAAUAGGCCUAAAGGUUAGACUUCUGCCACCACACACCAACACAAACAUCUCUCCAUUCUAAUAUCAGGGUUCUCCCUAAAGAAUGUAAGAGUGGUGCUGCGCCACCUUGUGGACUGGCUGUGCCACUGUAAUUUAAUUAUAUUUGUUAUAAUUUAAGGCCAGGCACCACACUAUAAUAGUUUUAUUUUUUCUAGAUUGCCAUACUCAGCAGCACCACCUUGUUAAAAAUCCUACGGAGAACCCUGGAUAUGGACUCCUAGUUUAAAUUAGACAAGUUGUAUUCAUAGUAUAUGGCAGGGAUGUUACCAAACAGGCAUGCAAAGCAUAUUAACGCAAUCUGACAAUCUCAUUAAAUUGGUAAUUGACACACAAUGUCUCCCGAAUGUUAUUUUAAGCCUCAGUUGUCAGAGUUCCAGCCCAAGACAGCGUCAGAGUUCAGCCGGGACUGGCGCAGGUUCGGCAGUGAAAACCCAGAGGAUAAAUACAGCCUCCUGCUCUCCCUAGGUGGAGAGGGCCUUCAGGACAUCUUCAGGGCUGAAGGUGGGGUUCGGCCUACUGGGGGAGUUCCUUGUGUUCCUAUCCAGUGGUCUCCAGCCAGGGGAUGAGGCUACGGUGAUAGGGGUCCUGGAGGGGCUGUCCAAGACCCCCAGGUUUGGCCUCAAUAUGUCCUUCCUGAGCCGGGCUGAGAGGGAGGCAUGUGGAGAGCUGUUUCAGAACCUGAGGAAAGCAUCAGCAGCAGGGAAUAGCAGUGUCAGAGGACCUGAAGGUGAUGUCAUUGUCCAUGGAAGUUAUGUGGAAGAGAUUAAAGAGGCACAUGAUGAUGAGGCAGAGACUCUGUGUCCAGGACCAGGACAGACCAGUGAGGCUGCCGGAGGAAGCAGUGAUACUGAAACUUUAAAUGGUAUAAUGCAGUUGUAUGGGGUUCAAACUGUCUCUCCUCCUCAGUAAGAAACAUUACACAAACCCAUAUUGGACUUAUUGUUUUCAGAAAUAACAAUGACUGUUACUAUACAUUAUAGAGCUUUAUGUGGUUGCAAAAACUUGAAUAUCAUUUGUUUGUUUGUUCUUUAUUCUGAAAUGUAUAAUAUGUAUAAGUUAUAUGAAGGACAAUGUUCACUACAAUGCAAUGCAGUGUCAGAGUGAAAUGACAAUAACUACCAUAGUAACCAGAGAAUCUGUUUGUGGAUCUCUGAACAUUCUAGAACACGUAAUGGCCCUUUCAUAGCAUAUCUAGAUAGACUAAGGAUAACUUGAAGAUGACAACGAUGGGGCUAAGGAACAUGAUGUUCCCUAUAAAACACCUGUCCCUACUGCUACUGCUACUCCUCCAGACCCUCUCUUUCUCCGUCCUGUCUGCCUAUGAGGCCCCUGAAGACAAGGAGGACAUUUUUGCCAGUAGGGCUUGUCCUGCCUUCCUUGUGUUUGACAACGCUGCCUAUUUGGCUGACAUGACCAUAGAGCUGCCCUGUCACUGUAAGCCUGAGGAGGCCCACUCUGUGGUGUGGUACUACCAAAAACAGCUGGGCAGCCCAGACACCAGGGCCCUCACUGACUUCCAGGGCACCUCUGUGGUAGACUCAUCCAAAGUGGGCCGGGGAGGGGACCUCCGGAGCAGGUUCUCCAUCCGCCUCUUCAGGCUGCUUAUCUUCAGAGCCCAGAAGGAAGACUCAGGCCACUACCUCUGUAGGACGACCAAGGGGGACUUAUUCUAUGGUUAUGACGUGGACGUCCAAGAGGCUUACAGGGUGUCCUUUCCCUGGAGUCGUGCCCAGAGAUGGGGGAGAGUAGCAGCAGUGGCGGCUAGGGCGGCUUCAAGAUCCAACCAGGAUCUUCCACUCUACCAGGUGUUCACCAGCUUCUGGCCGUGGUCCGUGUGCGACCGCUGUGGCGUCCAGGGUGAGCAGACCCGCGUAGGGCUCUGCUACGUGAAGACCAACUACCUCCACGUGCGCUACAGGCGGACAUCUCCGACGGUGGCCUCUUGCGGCUCGUCCGCUGUGCCCCAGUGCUUUGGCCUCACCCAAGCCAACCAUCAGGGGGCAGAGCUGGGGGUGCGGAGCUGCCAGGUCCCCUGCCCCCCCAGGUUCAUCCCCCAGCCAGAACACCAGGCCCUGCUGGAGUUCCUGGGCUACAACAAGCCAGCAGCUCCAGGAGUCCCUGUCUACUACCACAACCACCCAGUGGACACCCCACUCAUCCUCUCCUGCCCUGGGGCCAAACCUCAGCACGCGGUAGCCUGGGACCAAAGGCUCUAG